AGAUGUGAGAAACAGCGCCCCCCUGUUUAUGUGUGGGAAACGCGAUGGGAUGUGCGAGGACUACUCCGUGGCUAACGAUAGCAAGGUACACAAACAGGGAAAUUCAUCAUUUUUGUUUCCUUUGAUAUUCGGGAGGUAUAAAGAAAGCUCCAAAAGGAUUGAUAAACUCCCCUUUCCCCACCACAUUCCCACCAAGGAGGAAAACUAGAACGAAAGACUCCCGCUAAUCCCGCGAAGAGGGGAGCGGCCUUGCUUUUUUAGCCGGCUUCCCGGCGCAGCUCUGACGGCUAGCACUGUCACCAGAGCCCGGUGCUUCCGCUAGCUUAUUCGGCUCCACACAGAUAGAACCGCGGCGGCUUCGAUAUUAUUUUUGUUUCGGACGCCACCAUCUGCUCGUCCGCACGCUAUCUCCCCUGUCGAGGCGCGGCUGUCGGCGUUUCUCUCCGAGGAGGAGCUUUUGAAGCCGGGGCGGCCUGUUUUGUUUUCGAGCCGCCAUGAAUCUCUGCGAACAAUAACACAACCAUAACGAGCCUGCUGGGGCUGCACCGAGUGGGGAAAUAGGAGCCGCUGACGCCCCGGUGUGGGGUAAUUGAUGCUCUGUGUGACACCAGCUCAACUCGGGACAGGCAUGCAUGUGGACUAUGGGGAUAUCAUGGGAGUACGAUUGCAAACCGGGCCACUUUGUCACGGAGUAGCCUGCUUGAAUCUCGGAGCUGCUAGCUAGUUAGCUAGCCAGCUGUGUCUGUGAGGAAGCGUUAAAAAGGCCACUGGCGACGGAAGGAGUGCCUCACGAUGCUUUGUCUUAAUUUAAAUCACGUAUGGGAAGUAAACGAACCGAACCGGUGCGCAUGAAGCUGCAUUUUAGUGCAAAAAAAUCUCCGAUCGGAGGCUGCGGUGAUUUCAAAGCUAAGACAGCGCAUUGAAGAUGGAUUGGAUGUGACCGGGGGAUGACUAAACCUGGAUCUUCGCUCUUCAUGUGGGAUUUAUCUAGCAACCGGGAACUGAAGUCGUGACAUCCACCUAUAUGCCCCCUUCAAAGACCCCACCGGACUCCCUUGAUAAAAACAGUAAUUUUAUCGCACGGGAAACGGGAGCUGCGGGUAGUUUGUUUGUGCUCUUGUGUGACUUUGGUGUGUUUUUAUUAACGUAUUAAUACAUCGGGAGCGCCGGGCCCAGACAGCUGAGAUGAACCCGGUGAAUGCGACCUCUCUCUUCGUGUCUGCGAGCCGGUCGGUGCUGCAGUGCGACCCCCGAGACCCCCGGGCUCUUGCGGAGCUCUGCAAGCUCCUGCCGUUUUUCCGCCAGUCCCUCUCCUGCUUGGUCUGCGGCAACCUGCUGCAGGACCCCAUCGCUCCCACCAACUCGUCAUGUCAGCAUUACGUCUGUCGAGGCUGUAAGGGUCAGAGAAUGCAGCUGAAGCCGUCCUGCAGCUGGUGCAAGGACUAUUCCCGCUUCGAGGAAAACCGGCAGCUUUCUUUGCUCGUCCACUGUUACAGGAAGCUCUGUCUCUACAUCACACAGUCGCCGCUUGCACCACACAUAGCCAGCGCUGCCAGUGACUCACCUGACCUCCAGGCUAUCCUCAAUGAGGGCCUGACAUUGGCGGAGCGUGAGCCAGAAGUGGAGGAUGUCUCAGACUCUGUUCGGUUGUCACAGACGGUGUCGACCUCUGAGGUGGGUCAGCCCGAUGGCGGUCCAGCUACAAAGGAGCUCAAGGUGGAAGAACCGAGCCCCGUGGGCUUUAACGGACUGCAUGACUGUAACGGUCUGGUCAGUUCAGACAGACUGCACCCCAUCACCACAAAGCAGGAGAGCUUCUCAGAGGAGAUCCCAGUGUGUGUGAGUGUCACAGGCACUUCAGAGACGGGACUUUGUGACAUCGGCGCUUUCGGGGACGACCUGAAACAUGGCGGGGGGCCGCUACUGUUGAGUGUAGAGGAGGUGCUCAGGACUUUAGAGACGGAGUCUGACCCUGACCCUUCACCUGAGCCCAACUCUCAGCCAGGCUGCCUCCCCUCGGUACCUCAGUCUAGCCUAAACGGGCCUCAUUGCCCAUCAGGCCCAGACUCAUCCCGCCUCAUCACCUCCCUCCCUUCAGAGAACAGCUCCCGUCCCCUCCAACCUCACCCACAGCCCUCACUGCAGCCCCCUCCUCAACCCUCUGCAGUCACCCCACGUAUUCUUCUUCGCUGCCACCGCAAACGCUCCCGCUCAGAGAGCGACAGCGAGAAGGUGCAGCCCCUUCCUAUUUCCAGCCUCCUACGAGGGCCCCCCGUUGGUGCCAACAGUUCCCCCCACCACCCCAACCCUGGUGCCACCACCAAACAGGAACCUAAGUUCCCUGCAGCAACGCCUCACCCGCACCUAGCCCCGGUACCUAAUGGCAGCACCCCUAAGGUGGGUAAGACUGUACUUGUCCCCAACAAGGCUCUGAAAAAGACUGUGGAGCACCAUGGUGCCGCCAAGAAGUCGUACACCAAGGCCAGGCAAGGGGCCCCCAAACCCCGCACGCAGCCCCGUGACAGAGUACCCCCUCACCCUCACCCCCUCACACACCCACCCAGCCCCUCGAAGCCACUGUACAAGAAGCCUGUGGAGAAGAAGGGCUGCAAGUGUGGCCGGGCUACCCAGAACCCCUCAGUGUUGACCUGUAGGGGGCAACGCUGCCCCUGUUACUCAAACCGCAAGGCUUGCCUGGACUGCAUCUGCCGCGGCUGCCAGAACUCAUACAUGGCCAAUGGCGAGAAGAAGCUGGAGGCCUUCGCCGUGCCAGAGAAAGCUCUGGAGCAGACCCGGCUCACGCUGGGCAUCAACCUCACCAGUAUCGCCGCAGCGGCCCUCCGCAGUCCGGCCACCAGCUCCCCGGGCAACACCCUCCUUAACGUCACCAGCCACGGGGCGCCCGUCACGGCCGCCUUCCUGUCUGGGGCGGGGCACGACAACCGGGGCUAUGACGAUUCGCUGGAGAUGCGGUUUGACUGUUGAGGUCCGGCCCCCCCUCCCCUUCCGCGGUCAGUAGUCACACACAUUCCCCCGCCCCUACCACCACCGCCGCCCCUCCCCCACCCUGCUGGGUGGCGUCACCCAUCGGUUCGUGCAGCGGCGGAGCCAGAACAAAGGCAGCUACAGUGACAGGCGGCAGCGAGGGUCACCAGCUGAAGCUGAGGAGGCGCCCUCCGUCCAAACGCCCGAAACUGCACCAUGCUUGUGGUCUUGCAUACAGAGAAGAGAAGAAGAAAGAGGAGAUGUAGCGUUACUGUAUGUGCAGAGAUUUCAUUUCAGUGGGUAUAGAGGGGUUUAUUUUGUUGUUGUUUUCUUCUCUACUAUGGGUAAUAUGUAGAGCAUGUUGUGUAGCUAAGUCGGGCGUGCUGACCACGGUCACAUGGCUCUCAGCGUGUGUGUAUGUGUCUGUGUGUCCAUGUCUGUGUGUGUGUGCGUUGAGCAUGUGAGUGUGUAUGGGAGGGUUUUGUUUGAAGAGGAAUUUUACUAGCAGGAACGGAGACAUCGUCACCACCACCUUCAUCAGAGACUGGUGUAAUUUAUAUAUAAGAGAGAACCUUUUGUACAUGGACUUAUCGGUUUCCAUUUCAGAAGACGUUUUAUGAUAUAUUUUAUAAGUUACUUUAAAAUCAAUGGAAGCCGAUGCAAAGCGGGGAGAUGUCUGCAUUCAACCAGAAUGUUUUCGCACUGGUAAAAGUAGAUUUUGUAAACCACCAGAAAUAAAAGCUCUUAUACGUAAGGAAUAAAAAUGAUUAAAACCACCAGCCGAGUUUUGAUUAUGUCUUUUGAAUGUUUAAAGAUCCUGAAGCUUGGGGAAGGUUGGGUGAUUUGGUGAGUUUUGAGGCAAGAUGAUGGUAAAACUUCAGCACUUAUCCCACUUUUCUUUUUUCAUGUUUUUGUUGUUGUUGUUGUUCUUACUCGUGUAUAAAAACUCUGGUUGAUUGCAGGCCCUGUGCACUGCUUUUCCACAAGUUUUUUGGUUUCUGGAAGCUACACACUUGCUGCUAAAUACUACAAAGGACUCAAAAGGAGGAGAGCACACCUGUUUUCCUUGUCUUGUUUUGUUUUCUUUUAAAUAAAAAUGCGUUAACAACAUUUGCAGUAUUUAUUGGACGUCUCCUAACGUAGAGGUUACGUGUUGGGCACCAGUUUGUUUCCGGUUAAGUUCCUGUCGUCGUCGUCUUAGCGUUAGUUUCUGGUGUCUCCAAAAAGGUUUUUGUUCUCCCUCUGGGCAUUUAAAGACCUGUAAUAUAACUGUAACAUAUUUCCACAAAAAAGAAAGAAAAUAAGAAACUCACAAA